AAUAGGGCAAAGCAAGUGAUAAAGCAUACAUCGGGAUCAAAAAGUUAUGCUCAAAUUCGAUAUGAACAGGCACAAAAGAAGGAGGAUCGAAGUGAGCCCAAUAGAAUUGAGAUGUUUGCCCUGACACACACAAGAAAAGAUGGGACGCCUGUUGAUGAUCAUUCUAAGGAGAUUAUGGAUCAAUUUCAGCAAUUACUAUCCCAACCUGAGGGGACAUCUUCUUCUACUUCUACAUCAUCUGGAGCAUCUACAUCUGUAUCAUCUACAUCUGUAGCAUCUACAUAUGUAGAUGAGAUAUAUACUCAAGUCAUGGGUCCAAAGAGGCAUGGUCGUGUUCGAGGGUAUGGAUUUGGUCCUACUCCUACCUCAAUCUUUGGUUCUACUAGUAGAAGGCGAUCAGGAGUUAUUCUUUCAACACAAAUUGAAAACGCCCAAGAGAUGCUAAUAGUUGCAAAACAAAAGUUUACAACUGCAACUGAAGAACUCUCAAAUGUGAAAGAGGAACUCUCACAUGUGAAAGAAACAUUUGAAGAGAGGUUGAUAGAAGUUCAAAGAAAGACACGAGAAGAAGUGAAAGAAGAGUUUGAAGAAAAAAUUAUGGAAAUGCAAAGAAAAAUGCAAGCACAAAUGCAAGCACAGAUUCAAGAACAAAUGAUGCAACAAUUUCAGCAAAAGCAGUAGAAAUUUGAAGAUUUUGCUACAUCUUUAUAUGAUAGAUUCUCUUAACUUUUUUGAAGAUUAUGCUACUUAU